AUAAUCUGGAAUGAUGGACUAAAAGGCAAUAUUUCUCUUUAUAUUUAUAGAGAAAAUUAAAGAAGAUGGAGCCGGAGAUCCACAACUUCAUCUGCAUCUGGAUUUCUGCCAUUGCAUCUUCUUGCUACUGUUAUUUCAUACCCAAACACAUCCCUAGCGGCGGCGCUCGUCUUCUCUCCCUCUUCCCCGUCAUCCUCCUCUUUAUCGCCCUCCCUUCCCGCCUCACCGUCUUCCACCUCGCCGCCCCCACCAUCUUCUACCUUGUUUGGCUCGCCAACUUCAAACUCCUCCUCUUCGCCUUCGACCAUGGCCCUUUGUCAGGCCAUCACCCUCCGUUGCCUCUCCUCCAUUUCGUCGUUAUCUCUCUUCUCCCCAUCAAACUCUCCCAGGUCAACGAUUCUUCUUCACAGUCGGAUUCAGAUCCCAGGAACCCAUCGUUCUUAUUUGCUGUAAAAGCCCUUCUGCUGCCUUUAAUCGUGUGGCUUUACAAGUUUAGGCAAUAUUUUAAUCAAAACGUGGUCUUGGUUAUUUACUGCUGCCAUAUCUAUCUAGGGGUUGAGCUGGUGCUGUUUAUCACGGCGGCUCCGAUUCGAUCCCUUCUUGGACUGGAACUCGAGCCGCAGUUCAAGGAGCCUUACUUAGCCACCUCGCUCCAAGACUUCUGGGGCCGCCGGUGGAACCUAAUGGUCCCCAAAAUUCUCCGGCCCACGGUGUACUUCCCGGUGCGGAGCGUAUCGGCGAAGAUUCUGGGGAAGGAGUGGGCAAAUCCGGCGGCGAUUGUCGCGUCGUUCUUAGUGUCCGGUCUUAUGCACGAGCUGAUAUACUAUUAUCUUAGUCGGGCCAGGCCCACGUGGGAGGUCACGUGGUUCUUUCUCCUACAUGGGGUUUGUGUCGCGGCUGAGGUGAUUGUGAAGAAGAAGGUCUUGGUCGGCGGUUGGCGGCUGAACAGGGCGUUUUCCGGCCCGCUGACUUUGGGCUUCGUGGCGGUGACCGGUAGCAUGCUCUUCUUCCCGCAGAUACUCAGAAAUGGUUUAGACGUCAAGAUCAUAGAUGAGUCCAACAUGUUGGCACGUUUUGUAGGAGACCAUCUUCGAGUUUAAGACUUUAAGGCCGGGGAUCAAGAUCUUAUUGAAGUAUGUAACAUGGUC